AAAAAACCAUUAAUUAUUUAUGGACUUUGUUUCUUAUUAGGUUAUACAUUACAAAGUACAGAAAUCAUGAAGUCGCAAAUCAUUAGCUAAUGGAAGUACUAAAAUAGAGGUUUAGUUGAUUCUCAAUCUUAACUAAAGCACAUCAGCAACAACAACUCCACUUCAAUAACUCCAUUAACAAUAACACUAACCAAAUUCUCCAAUGCUUCUUUAUAUAAACCCAUCCAUCAUUAACAUCAAACAGAACACACACACAAAACAUAAAACAACUUGAUAAAGACCAAAAUGGCCAAAGCUCUUCACAUAACCAUCCUUCUCUUCCUCAUAUCCGCCAACUUCCUCGCAUUCAUCAACUCAGCUAGACUUCUUGAUGAGAUUCAACCUCAGUCUCAGUUAGUCCCUGCUGGCCAAAUCCCCACCGUUGCUCCAACCGAAGCUGAGGAAGAACCAGCAGCAGCAACUACACUCCCAGCUGGGCCAGGAGGGGCUGGACACGAGCCGUUACUAGAGUUCUUUAUGCACGACGUGCUAGGCGGGUCACACCCAUCAGCACGUGUUGUCACUGGAAUAGUAGCACAAACCGAAGUAAACGGUAUACCAUUCUCAAAGGCCAGCAACAGCAUCUUCCCUGUAGACAACGGAGUCCCACUAGUCAACUCAAACAACAUCAACAGCGUCAUUAACCCAAACACAGCCCCACUUCUCACCGGCCUAGGCGGCGCUCAAACCAGCACAGUGAUCCAAAACACUAACGGGAACUCCAACGACGCCCUCAGCACCAACAGUCUCCCCUUUGUAACCGCGGGAAACCUCCCUCCCGGUGCUGCUCUCCAGCAUCUCAUGUUUGGAACCAUAACCGUUGUGGACGAUGAGCUAACCGAAAGCCACGAGCUCGGCUCAGCUGUUAUAGGGAAAGCUCAGGGGUUUUACCUGGCUAGCUCCUUGGAUGGGACGAGUCAGACGCUUUCUCUGACUGUGCUGCUAGACAGAGAGCAUGACCAUCAUGACACUUUGGACGAUGCCAUUAGCUUCUUUGGUGUUCACAGGACCGCCUCUCAUGCUUCUCAGAUUGCCGUUAUCGGCGGGACGGGGAAGUUUGAGCAUGCUAAAGGGUAUGCUAUAGUGGAAACUCUGCAUAAUCAGAACAACCAGCAUAUCACUGAUGGUCAAGACACUAUUCUACACUUCAGUGUAUACCUCACCUACUACAAAGCUUGAAGAUAAAAUGUUGUUGGGUCAAACAAAGAUAUGAUAUGCUUUUGUAUAUGUUCUUGCUCACUAGCUUCCCCUUGUGGCUUUUUUUCCUUUGUUGUGUAAAUCUGGUUUCCAAAGAAAGUUUAUUUAAAUGACUGUUUCAAUCAAAA